AGCAGGCGAAGAGUCAUGCAGUGAAGAGCUGGAUAAAGAGACUUCAAGAUGUUGUCUAUGAUGCAGAUUACUUGCUGGAUGACAUGGCAACUGAAGGUUUGCGAAGAAAGGUUGAAGGUCAGGGAAGAAUGGUGAGGAAGCUACGGAGGUGUGAGGUUUUCAAAUUGGCUUUCUUCUAUCACAAAUCUUGUCGAUAUUGAGAUGUCAAGAUGUCCAAAAUGUGAGCAUCUACCACCGUUGGAUAAUCUCCCUUCUCUGAAAUCUCUCACACUGGACAAUUUCAAUUCGCUGAAUUAUAUAUCGGAUGAGAUGGCAGAAUCUUCCUCUUUUUCAUCUCCAUCAACAACAUUCUUCCCAUCCCUAAAGAUUCUUCAACUCUUUGACUGCCCUAAUCUGAAAGGGUGGUGGAGAACAUGUAGGGACGCUGAGCUAGUGCCUCAAUUUCCUUGUCUUUCUAACUUAACCAUUCGGAAUUGCCCUAACCUGACUUUGAUGCCAACAUUUCCGUCUCUGGACAUGAAGCUGUAUCUUAGCAAUGCCAACAUAAGACCAUUGCAUCAGACAUUGAAGAUGAAGAUAAUGACUGCAACGGCUUCCACAUUACCAUCAACCUCUUCUUCAGUUACUGCUCCAUUUUCCAAAUUAAAGACUUUGCGUUUAGAAGAGAUUGAGGAUCUAUUAUCUCUACCUGAAGAGUGGAUGCAGAGCCUCAUCUCCCUCGAGAAUCUUACUGUUUCUAAUCUAUCAAAUCUGGUGUCUCUACCGAGGGAGCUUCAAUAUGUUACCACCCUGCGGCGUCUCCAAAUCUGGAGUUGUUCUAAUUUGACGGCUUUGUCGGACUGGAUGGGCAACCUCACAUCACUUGAAUAUCUAGACAUCGAUAACUGCCGCAAAUUGGAAUCGCUACCAAAAGUAAUGCGUCAAAUCACCACUUUACAACGGUUGAUAAUUAAUGAUUGCCCCCAUUUGUCUGAAAGAUGCGGACACGAUAUGGCUGCAGAUUGGCCCAACAUUUCUCACAUCCCAUAUAUCAUGAUAGAUAGGCAUCAAAUUCAAGAGCGUGGCCGCUAUUUAUUGGAAGAAGAAGGAGACUCCUCUGCUUCCACCGAGGUACAACUAUAGAAGGAUGAUUCUGCUUAGCUUUGACUAUCCAUGGGAUGGUAGAACAUAUUGCUAGCUCCAACAACAGAAUUAUAAGUUGCACACAGCAAACCUUUUUCUACUUCAGAAUUUUAGAAAGGGAAUAGAAGCAAAUGAUGUUUGUCCUGCAACAGAUGAUAUUUGGAUUUUGGAAGUUGUAAAUUACUUUAGGAUCUACUCUUCUAAUAGAAUUCAGGAAUGAAGCAAUUUUGAGCUUGAAGCUUGUAUUGCACAUAUUUCCUAUUUCCAUGAUUACAAAGGUGUGAAAUUUUAACUACUUUAAAUAACUCUUUCAAUUUUAGAAGUUGAUUUAUUUGCUUUAUUCAUUUCAACGUGUAUGCAAUAGUAACAAAUUAAAGGUUAAAUUGACAUGAAAAGGAUCAUCAGCUGCUUCUACAAGGUAUCUCCCUCCAUCUGGUAAGUAAAUCAACUGCCUUCUUUAUUCUAUCUUCACUUUGUCUUCCAGAGUCAACAAGUUUGGUUCUAUACUGUAUGCAGGGCUGGAAGGAUGUUGAUAACUUGAAUUAACUCUUAGAAUAGACAUUUAGAAUCAAUGUUGCAUUUUCGGAGGCAAUGAGAAUCUGCAUUCUGUCUAAAUUCUGUCAAUUACAACAUCUCUACCCCUUCAAGAAUCGAGAAGCUAGCGACUGCAGGGUGCAUUGGAAUGUAUCAUUGAUGAUGAUGAUGGAUCACAAGUCACAAGUCACAAGU